UAUACGACACAUUCAUCAAAUUGGAAUUGCUGUGGAUUUCUUCAUUCACAAGACGGACAGCAGAACCAGAACCAUAUCUCAGUUGAUAAAGCGAUAUCCAAAGCUAAUGUCUGCCUUCAUCCUCUUCCUGCUGGUCGGAAUCUGUUUUGCAUCACCCCCUCCACCCACGGCUGCCCCACUGUUCGAGGGGAAGCCCUUUGUGCUCAUAUGGAAUGGCCCAGUCUCCAAAUGCAAACAACUCCAGAUCCAUUUGGAUAUGUCAGUCUUCCAAGAUGUCACCACUCCAGCCAGAGUGGCUAACCAGUCUCUGACCCUGUUCUACAAGAAUCGUAUAGGGCUCUUCCCUUACACAGAUCAACACACCCUAAAACAGUAUAAUGGUGGCAUACCUCAGAGGGGAAACUUGACUGAGAGCCUGACUAAAGCCAGAGCUGAAUUCGUCAAGUAUCUUCCUAACACAUCCCCCGGCCUGGCUGUUAUUGACUGGGAAGAGUGGUUACCCAUGUUUGACAGGAGCUUGGAAACAAUGGAGCUCUACAGAAAGCUGAGCAUCAACUACACCCGUGAACUAGAUCCUUCUCUGACUAUCGAGCAGGCUAUCAGGCGGGCCAAGUGGCACUUCCAGACAAAUGCAAGGAAGUACAUGGAAAAGACAAUAGGGUUGGGACUUACACUCCGACCAAAAUACCUGUGGGGAUACUAUUUGUUCCCUGAUUGCCACAAUUAUGAGUGGGAAGAUUCAGACUAUACAGGGAAGUGUUCUGAGGCAACUAAGGAAUUGAAUGAUGAGCUGCUGUGGCUAUGGAAGGCCAGCACUGCCCUGUACCCAUCAGCGUACCUGCCAGCCUCAAUGAGCCAACGUUACGAAGCAGCAUUAUUUGUCCGGAACCAGGUGCAGGAAGCUCUGAGGGUAUCAGCUUUACCCAAGCAUCCCUCCACUGCACCCGUCUAUGUGUAUUUACGGCCUCUUUUCCGAGAGCAAAAGAAGCUUUACUUGAGUGAGGUUGACCUGGUAAGGAGCAUUGGCGAGAGUGCAGCUCUGGGAUCCUCAGGAGUGGUGUUAUGGGGAUCCAGCUCUGAUUAUAAUGACAAAGCAUCCUGUGAAGCCCUGUCCUCUUACCUGUCUGAUACGCUAAACCCUUACAUUGCUAAUGUGACAGCUGCAGCCUCUCUCUGCAGCAAAAUGCUGUGCCAAGGCAGUGGGCGUUGCGUUAGGAAAAAUUAUGAUUCAGAUGACUACCUUCACCUCAAUCCAGAGAGUUUUCACAUCCAAAUGAAUAAUGAGACAUACCUGGCCACAGGUGUAUUGUCACGUGGAGACGUCAUUGCAUGGGCGGACAAGUUCACCUGUCAGUGCUAUGCCAACCAAACCUGCUCAGCCCAAAUUCCCUCUGUGCUUCCUGAAAAUCCAGUCAUCAUUGAACUCUAGCUGUGAAACUCUCUCUUAGGUCUAAAGACCUCUUAAGGACUCAUUGGCAAACUCAUAUUGGUUGCUGAAUCGAAAUCCAAUCUGUGCUGUAAUGAAGUGAACAUUUUCUCAUGUUUAAGAGUAGAAUUCCACUUAUUGUCAAAAGUUGUUUUUUUAUAACUGUAGUUUCCAUCAUGAGUCCAAGGCACAAUAUUGUUCAUUGUAUGCUUCGGAAUGCAUUGUGACUAUGCAAAUAAUUCUGUUUCUGGUUCUGCUAAUUAUGUUCAUUAAAAACUGAUAUGAGUAGGACACAACUUUA